AUGGAUUUUUAUGCGCUGAAUGAAACGUCCGGGUCCUCUGAAUGCGUCGGAGCGCAGAGUGAUGCGCUACAAAACGGCACCGGCCACGGGAGUUUGGAGCCCAACACCACCUGCAGUAACGCGUCCACACUCUUCACGCCACAAGCUGUGAAACACAGAGAUGAGGACCCGACACUGCGGAUCCUGCUCUACUCGCUCAUCUUCUCCCUGAGUGUGUUUGGCAACCUGCUGAUCAUCGUGGUGCUGACGGUCAACAAGCGCAUGCGUACCGUCACCAACACCUUCCUGCUGUCGCUGGCUGUUAGCGACCUGAUGAUGGCUGUCUUCUGCAUGCCCUUCACCCUCAUCCCCAGCAUCCUCAAGGACUUCAUCUUUGGAGCUGCCAUGUGCAAGAUCGUGGCCUACCUCAUGGGCAUAUCAGUCAGCAUUUCUACAUUUAGCCUGGUUGCCAUAGCGAUUGAGCGCUACAGUGCCAUCUGUAACCCUCUGAAGUCACGGGUGUGGCAGACCCGGUCUCAUGCCUACCGGGUGAUUGCCGCUACAUGGGUGCUGGCCUUCAUCAUCAUGAUCCCAUAUCCAGUUAUCAGUCACCUAGAGUCUUAUCAGCGGCCUGACAACACCACUGCUCACCAGUGUCGCCACAAGUGGCCCCGUGCCAAGGCAGAGCAGACCUGGUACAUUCUUCUGCUGCUGGUGCUGUUUGUGAUCCCGGGAGCGGUGAUGAUUGUUGCCUAUGGACUCAUCUCCAGGGAGCUUUACAGAGGCAUCCAGUUUGAGAUGGGCCAGAAGAAAGAUUCAACUGGAGUGAAGAAUGGCCUGACCUCCACUGUGUCUAGUGGCAGUGAUGACGGCGACGGUUGCUAUGUUCACAUGGUCCCACGGCCCAACUCAAUGGAGAUGUCCACUCUAGCCACCUCAAGCGGGGCGCCCAAGGCGGAGCGGCCUCGUACUAACACAUCUGAGGCCAAACUGGAGGCCAAGAAGCGAGUGAUCCGCAUGCUGGUUGUGAUCGUCGUCCUUUUCUUCCUGUGCUGGAUGCCGCUCUACUGCGCCAACACCUGGCGGGCUUUUGACGACAUCUCUGCCAUGCACGCCCUCUCAGGGGCGCCCAUCUCUUUCAUCCAUCUGUUGAGCUACACCUCUGCGUGUGUCAACCCGAUUAUUUACUGCUUCAUGAACACACGCUUCCGCAAAGCGCUGCUUGCCACUUUCUCUUGCUGUGCUGCACCUUGCCGCCGCCGUCGCCUAGGGCUACGGGACAACGAGGAGGAUGUUAUGGCAACAGGAGCGUCCAUGUCCAAGUUCAGUUACACUACAGUCAGCACCAUGGGAACCUGCUGAGAGAGAUGGAUGUAAGCACAACUCAGAAGAGACAGUUACUAAGGAAACGCAGCAUCACACAUCUUUUGUCUUUAGGCCAGUCAGUACAUGUAGGAACAUUAAUGCACAGUGGAAAACAGGGCACAUAAUGCGACAUUAAAGAGAGGUGCCUCCUAAGA